AUGUUGUGCACCCACAUUACAAAGGCUGGAGUACAGGACAUCUGGGGGGAUUACAACAAAUUUACCAGGAUCUUCAACUCCUUCUCCAAUCAGUGGGAUCUGUGUCUCGCCCUUGAUCCAACUAGCAUGCCUGAGGGUGAUAACCAAGAAGACAACAACAACAUCAUGCCUCCACUGCCUACAACUGCUCUUAUUGAUGUUCCACCUCUGGCCCCUUCCAGUUUCUUGAAUGAUAUAUACAUGUACUUUGGCAGUAAUGUCUCACUUUCAUCAAGGCACAAGGACAUUGAAGGAAUUGUCCCCGUCUUGCACUACUACUUUGGAUAUCGACCUAUGGCACCUAGUUCUGCUCCCCUCUAUGCAUCCAUGCAGUUACACAAGUGGAUUAAGAAAACUCAUUGGGAUCACCUCCACAAGCUCCUUGGAGAUUCAGCUGCAGAAACAGGCUCGAUCACAGUGCCACAACACCAAAGCAUCACAAAUUUUAUUGCAUAUCUGAUAAACUUGAAGGAGUCUGACUUAGGCAUUAUCUCACCUGAUGUUUAG